AUGCUGCUGCUGACAGCACUCAUAGCCACAGCCUCUUGGUCAUCUGGAUUUGCACAAGAAAUUCCUGUGCAGAGCCCCAUAUCCAUCACCAAGUUCCGAAAAAGCGCACGGAUGACCUGUGAACUUCAGGCAGUGUCAAGCUUGGACAGCUCUGUCCUACACUGGUAUCGACAGAAGGAGGGUGAAGCUCCAGUGCGGAUGCUGUACUUUGCAGAUGAGAUAGCUUCUGUUGAAAGUGCCUUUCAAGCAGAUAGGUACAUGGUUGAAAACGUUCCUGGACGGAGCCGGUGUGUUCUUACAAUAAGCAAUGUAGUUCCUGAGGACGCUGCUACUUACUACUGUGCCUACUGGGACCGCACUUACCACAAGGUGUUUGGCUCCAGUACAAAACUCAUUGUGGCAGACCAAGGAAAUUCUCCACCAGUAAACUCUGAAAUCCUGCAGAAGAAACAUGAUGAUCAGAUAACAUAUGUUUGCCUUAUUGAGAAGUUCUACCCAGAAGUUAUCCGGGUGGAAUGGACCGAUGGGGAAAAUAAGAAGGUAACAGACAACACGGUAAAUGGACACCCUUGGAAGCACCCAAAAGAGGAUAAAUACUCAAUCAGCAGCUGGAUAACUGUGCCAGCAGAGACCAAAGACAAGAACUACUACUGCAAAUAUAAGCAUGAAAGCCAGGAGCGUUCACUGUCAACGGCAGUGGGUUCUUCAGAAACCACCCCUCAGGAAGGAGACUGCCUCACGUAUCCUGGAAACAGCACUGUUUUUUAUGGAGAUCACUUAAUGCACAGGGCAGCAUUUUUAGUGUACAUCAUCCUUCUUCUGAAGAGCUCCAUGUACUAUCUCAUCGUACUCUUCUUCAUCUAUAGAAUGUGGGCUCCAACCAAGCACCAAGGAAAGAAAGCAUAAAUGCCAGUUUAGGCUUACAAAAUCAUUUCCAGUUUGCUUUGAAUAUAUCUCCCCUGCUUUCA